UGAGCAGGCGUUCUUCCCGCGCCACCGAACGCGUCUUUCAUAUCAACCAUUCCAUCGGAAUUCUUCCAAUCUAUGGUGAAAUCGCGAUCUUUCUCUUUGGGGGCCCUGGCUUGAUAAGGUUGUGACAUAUGAUUCUUUUUCCGGUAUGCUGACAGCGUUCGCUGUCACAAAAUCAACGUGAUCAAUGGAGCCUUUCCAAGUGCGCCUAAACUGUGUGGACCAUUAUCAGGCAAACCCGUCGGAACUCGACCCUCCUCUGCCUCACAAGAUUGGAAAUAGAGAGAAACUUUACAAGCCUAAGGUCCCUGUGGUGAGGAUAUUUGGUACUACGGAAACCGGCCAGAAAAUUUGCGUCCAUGUUCAUGGCGCGUUUCCCUAUCUCUAUGUUCGGUACGAUGGGGACUUGAACCCCGAUACAGUACGGUCUGCGGCAAAGAGUCUGCAUAUCUCAAUAGAUCAUGCCUUAGCCGUCAGUUACCGACGUAAUGCGUACGACAAAAAGGCGGUUUUUGUUGCGCAUAUUACUCUAGUGAAGGGUGUCCCCUUCUAUGGCUACCAUGUGGGAUACCGUUUCUUUUUUAAGGUAUACCUAUUAAACCCCAUUUACAUCACACGGUUAGCGGAUUUGCUCCUCCAGGGUGCUGUGAUGAAGCGCCCAAUCCAACCAUACGAAAGCCACAUGCAGUAUAUCCCGCAAUGGAUGUGCGAUUAUAGUCUAUUCGGCUGCGCGUUUAUGAAGUGCGGCAAGGUCAAAUUUCGCUCUCCGGUACCAGAAUAUCUAGAUUUUACCGACCUGUCCCACCGCUGGCAUGACCGAUCAAUACCAUCUGAUUGGAUUUCAGAUGAGAGUGUGCUACCCAAACAAAGCCACUGUCCGCUAGAAGCCGAUGUUUGCGUCCAAGAUAUCCUGAAUAGAUUGGAAAUAAAUGAGCGACCCAUUCAUCAUGACUUCGGCGAGCUUUUGAAGCCUACGGUAUUAAACGAGAGACUUGUUCCAAGUCUGGCGGGGCUAUGGCAGGAUGAAAAACGCCGGCGAAAAAAGCGACUCGGGCUCGUCGAUCCGGAUAGUAGUCCAUUUACCAAGGAAGACCUAGUCUCAUUUACGUCUGAUCCAAGAAAGAACUCGCAGGGAGAUUGGAUCCAUGGAGAUGAAUUCCAGCUAUUGGUUCAACAAAUUGCUGCGGAGGAGCGACGCCAAGAUAAUGACCAGGAUGUCACGUUGGAUGGGCUUUUGCGACACAACGUGUAUGAGAAGGAUGUCAAAACUGCAUUGGAGAGCGUUGAAGACUUCUUUCCCGGUCCAGAUGGGUUUACGAGCUUGCAACUGCGCUACAACAGCGAAAGUGAUCCGGCGGAAGAGGGGGCUCAUGACUACGUUGACGAAGAUGCUAUCCGGCUAGUUGAAUCAAAUGCGGAUCCUGACUCGUCUGAAGAGGAUGGCAUGACUGACAUAUUUUCUGAGGAUGAGGAUGAAGUGGACCUUGUAAAAUUGGCUACUAGCAUGCAGCAAGAUGAGAGCUCCGAUGAGAAUUUUCAAACUCGAGGGCACAAACCUUUCGAACCUCAAGAUGAUGAAUUGGACUCAGAACGAAAUGGCACUUCUGGCUUUGAGGAGCUGGGAAGUGUUCCAGGUCUAGACACCCGCGGAAUCCAGUUCGACGUCCCUACUCAAAACAAGAUACAAAGCGAUGAUAUGCGGGCGACGAGACUGAAUCAGAACAAAAUAAUGGACAAAACUACCCAGGAUUAUAAUAAUAUGCCUAGUCGCCGUGCAGAACAGUCACCUCCACUAGAACAGCUCUCCUCCCAGUCGAAAAUUCGUCCCAAAAACAUGAGCCAAGCUGGUACAUUGAAUUUCCCUGUUGUCAAAGACCCCAAUGACCCGAUGACAAUCCUACGCUUCAGUCAAGAGGGGUCAACCUCGAAAGUCCUGUUGGACAUGGGAGCAAAGCAAAAUGACGAUCCUAGAAAAGUUGAGGACAUGCUGCAACCUCCUUCGUCUACUGAGACUGAAUCUGAUGGUUCGUCGGAUGUAGUUGCCCCUGAAACUGCAGCUCUUAUACUUGAAGCUUUCAAUAUCCCAUCACAUAUCCGCUUGGGUUUCUUGCGGCGACCCUGCCCUGUUCCUAGGGAAGUUUCUUCAAUAAUAGACGCUUUCGGACACCCAAGUGUCAUAUACAAAGAUGCGCACUACAGUCGGGACGAAGACGUCCCUGAUCGUCCACGGGACUAUGCAGGAAGGGAGUUCCGGCUUGGGGGUACCAGUAUACGUUAUCUUCCCGGUUUUGAUCGUUCUGGCCGCUCCCCUGCAAUUCUGGGUGAACAGAACAUAGGGACAAAGGACAAAUGUGACUGGAAUGAAACAGAUCAUCAAUUACGCAUCGCAUCCACGGCUAGGAUUUGGGAAUUUGCAGCGGAACCCCCUAGCCGUUCGGAGGUCAUCACUUGGUUUGAAAACCAACAACGCAAGGCUUUGGCACCACCCACGAAAACAAAGGAGCGACAUAAGGACAAAGAGUCUAGGAUGCAAGCGCUUUCCCAAAUCGAAGGCCCAACACAAAAGAAUGACCAUGGAUCCGAAUGCUCGCAAAAUGAAGAAUCGACUAGUGUUGAGCAUCAGGCUCAGUAUAUGAGCACUAUGAGUCUAGAGGUCCAUGUGAACACUCGAGGGGUGCUCUCACCGAAUCCGGAAGAAGAUGAGAUAGCUUCGUUUUUCUGGUGUAUAAGCUCGGAAAAUGAACUUCUCGACGAUAAUGAUGUUCCAUCAGGAGCCCAAAUUGGGAUCGUUUUCCAAGGAGAUGGAGAACGUCCUGAAUUGAAAGUUUCCAAGGCAUUAAGAGUGGAUUGGGAACAUGAACCAACGGAGCUGGAUCUAAUAAAUCGUCUAGUUGACAUUGUUCGAUUGCAUGACCCUGAUAUUAUCACCGGAUACGAAGUGCAUAACAGCUCUUGGGGGUACGUAAUUGAGAGAGCAAAGAAGAAAUAUGAUUUUGAUCUUUGUGACGAGCUAUCGCGGGUGAAAUCGCAAGCACAUGGACGAUUUGGCAAAGCGGCUGAUAAAUGGGGCUUCAAUCAAACUUCGUCUAUCCGCAUCACUGGAAGACACAUGAUCAAUAUAUGGCGUGCCAUGAGGAGUGAGAUGAAUCUACUACAGUACACAAUGGAAAACGUUGUUUUCCACCUCCUGCACCGGCGGAUUCCGCAUUAUUCAUUCCGCGACCUUACCUUAUGGUAUCAAAGCGAUAGGCCUCGGGAUUUUAUGAAAGUUGUCAACUAUUUUGUUUCACGCGUUCAAAUGAACAUUGAAAUUCUUGACGCAAAUGAGUUGAUACCUCGGAUCAGCGAGCAAGCGAGAAUUCUUGGCAUAGACUUUUAUUCAGUGUUUUCUCGAGGGUCCCAGUUCAAAGUCGAGUCUCUGAUGUUUCGAAUCGCAAAGCCAGAAAACUUCAUCCUUGUUUCCCCAAGCAGAAAGCAAGUUGGUCAACAAAAUGCCCUUGAGUGCUUGCCGCUUGUUAUGGAACCUCAGAGCGAUUUCUACACUAGCCCUCUUCUUGUUCUGGAUUUCCAGUCGUUAUACCCUAGCAUCAUGAUCGCCUACAACUAUUGUUAUUCCACUUUCCUUGGGAGGGUUCACUCAUGGAGGGGGCGAGAUAAGAUGGGUUUCAUGGACUAUAAACGGAAACCGAGGCUGCUGGAGCUGCUCAAAGACCAGAUUAACAUCGCGCCGAACGGUAUGAUUUAUGCAAAGCCUGGGAUGCGGAAGUCGUUACUUGCUAGAAUGCUCGCAGAAAUACUGGAAACGCGGGUGAUGGUUAAGGCUGGAAUGAAGGUGGAUAAAGAUGACCGAGCACUGCAGCGUCUUCUUAACAACCGACAGCUUGCCCUGAAGCUCAUAGCCAAUGUUACAUAUGGGUAUACAUCUGCCUCGUUCUCAGGGAGGAUGCCUUGCUCUGAAAUUGCUGACAGCAUCGUUCAAUCGGGUCGCGAGACUCUCGAAAAGGCCAUUGCUUUUAUUCAUUCUGUGGAACGAUGGGGCGCUGAAGUGGUGUACGGAGAUACAGAUAGUCUCUUCGUUUACCUCAAAGGACGGACUCGGGAUCAGGCUUUUGAUAUUGGUGAAGAAAUUGCUCGAGCCGUCACAGACAUGAACCCACACCCAGUCAAGUUGAAAUUCGAAAAAGUCUAUCACCCAUGUGUGCUACUUGCGAAAAAGCGAUACGUCGGCUUCAAGUAUGAACAUCGAGACCAAAAGGAGCCCGAGUUCGACGCCAAAGGCAUUGAAACUGUUCGUCGCGACGGCACCCCAGCUGAGCAAAAGAUCGAAGAGAAGGCACUCAAGCUUCUAUUCAAAACAGCAGAUCUUAGUCAGGUGAAGAGUUACUUCCAGAAUCAGUGUACGAAAAUUAUGCAAGGACGUGUGUCAGUCCAAGACUUCUGCUUUGCAAGAGCCGUGAAACUGGGAACCUAUAGUGAAAACGGAAAUCUUCCCGCAGGAGCUCUAAUUAGCACAAAGAAAAUGCUCGAGGAUCCUCGUGCAGAGCCUCAGUACGGCGAGCGCGUUCCCUAUGUUGUGGUCACAGGAGCUCCAGGGUCCAGACUCAUCGAUCGCUGCGUAUCACCAGAGAUUCUCCUGCAGGAUGCACAAAUCGACCUCGACGCAGAAUAUUACAUCACGAAGAACCUCAUUCCUCCUUUAGAACGCAUCUUCAACCUUGUUGGAGCUAAUGUUCGCCAAUGGUAUGACGAGAUGCCGAAAGUCCAUCGCAUCCGUCGUGUGGAAGGAGCAAACUCCAUCAUUGGUGGAAAGACCAGCAUAAGAACCCUCGAAUCGUACAUGAAGGCCUCAACUUGCAUUGUCUGCAAGACCAAACUCUACGACGCCGAAAUCCCUGUCUGCUUAGAUUGCAUGCAAAGUCCUCAUCUCUCUCUACUGGAACUUGUCUCCCGCCGGCGGCAGGCCGAGCAGAAAGUUGCAAAUCUUGGGCGGGUCUGUCGGUCUUGCAUGGAUGUUCCUUUUGGGGACGAAGUGAAAUGCGACAGCCUAGACUGUCCUGUUUUUUACGCAAGAACGAGAAGUCUGGCUCAUUGGAGGCAUACAAAUGCUUCGCUUAACCCUGUAAUCAAAUUUCUACAGGAUAACUGCGGAGACGGCUUGGAAUGGUAGCUUACUUGGGCCGGCUGGGAAGGCACGGCGUGGACAUAGGUUUAUUAUUCCUGAGAUAUCCAUGCUACCUGGGUUGCUUUCUCUAGGUUUGGUUAUCACUUUCUGUCUUUUGGUUGGAGUACGCUGUUAUACUGGAGUUGGGGGGGGGGGG